GAAAAAUACUAAAUCAAAAUAUCCGCUCUCUUACUCCAUCACUAAAUAUCCCAACAGUUCAGAAAAUAAUGCUCUUUCCCCCCCAUCUUUAACCCUCCUGGAGCUCACAAGAUUCUCAAUUGUACUGCACAUAUGUCGCUUCAAGCUUAAAGGUGCUCAGAAUAAAGCUGUAAGCACAAAUUUUUUGUGCGGACUGAGAAGAAUUGGUUUGAGCUACUGUAGUGAAAUUUGAGGCGAAAAAGGAGACAUGUCAGAUAAAAAGGACUGCGGCAAGCACGGCGGCGUCCGCCGGGACAGCUUAUUCAUAAGACGCCGUGCCUGGGGCAGCUGCUGCGGAUGCCUGAUGUUCUUGAUCAUAAUCGUCCUUUUCGCAAUUCUAAUCGUUUACCUGGUUCUCCGCCCGCAUAAGCCCCGGUUCUAUGUGCAGGAUGCGACCGUCCGCCAAUGGAACACUUCUGGCGACCUGCUGACUUCCAGCUUGCAGUUCACCGUCCUGUCGCGAAACCCUAACAACCGGAUCGGCAUCUAUUAUGACCAGAUCGGCGCCUACGCUACCUACAUCGGCCAGCAGGUGACCGUCUAUUACCCGUUGUCGCCGUUUUAUCAGGGCCACAAAGAAGUCAAUGUUCUGUCUCCGGUCCUGUAUGGAAACCUCGUUCCGCUGGCUCCGUUUAUUGCCGAUCAUCUGAAGGUCGAUCAACAGACCGGCGUCCUGACGUUAAAUCUGCGGAUGAGCGGAAGAAUUCGUUGGAAGGUCGGUACCUGGACUUCCAGUCAUUACCGUUUGAACGUGAAUUGUUACACCAUUUUAGGGUUAAGCGGAUCCGGCUUCGUGGGCCAGGCCCCUUUGCAGCCCGGCACCAGGUGUGACGUUAGCGUUUGAGUCGGUAUUUUGAUUUCUCUUCUUCGUCUCUUCUCUAAUUACGGUAAUUUCCAGUCAUCCAAAUAAGGCCGCAUGAAUCAGUGCCAUUCCGUAAAUGAAUAAUGGCCUUGUCUCGCCUCUGGCAGAAGCCUAGGAAAGAACCGUGUCUUCUUUGCACUCUCUCUCUCUCUCUUAUUUUGUAUAUAUUUGUACAACUGGAUAUUAUAUAUUAUAUAUAUGCUUUAAAUA